GCAUUCAAAAGACUUUCAAUUGGUAUCAAAGACUCCACCUCGUUCAAGUGUACAUGCGUGCGCACGGUACCGCUCAUACAGUCACGCAGCACACAACAGCUGUGAAGCAGACUUGCGGCAAGACUGGUAAGCACUUUUGUUUCCUCUUAAAAGUUCUUUCAUUGUUUUAGUUUUUUAAGUGUUUUUCCCCACACUGAAUUGUCCGAGUAGACUCGAGAGAGUUUGUACCAUUCAUUAUCUUGUGUUUUACUUCACGUUAAUUAAGCUGCCAUGUGUGCAUUUUUAACUUGUUUCCUUUAUUUAUUUAUUUAUUUAUUUAUUUAAAAAAUGUGACUUGUUAAAAAAAUAAGUUGUCAAGCUAAGCUUUGAUGUCCUGUUUUUUUUUUUUUUGUUUGUUUUAAAAAAGGAACGGUCUAGACCGUCCACGUCUUUAUGAGCAAAAAUGCUAAUAGGUGGGUUUUAAAAAGUGGAAUUCGACCGAGUAAUUGCCGAAUACUUUUCGAUUAAAUUCGAAAUGUAUUUAAUUCAUUUUCAUUUAAAAGGUCGUUUGGUCUUUGCGAAUUGUCUAAGGAAGUCCGUUUGAAUUUUUCGCUCUAUUCAUGUCUCCACUUUUUUUUUUUUUUUUUUUUUUUAAAAAAAAAGCUCAAUACAUUUACUUGUCCCACAACCGGUAAGGAACAACGUGACGUUUAUAAAGGCCUGAACUGGUCAAUUUGCAUACAGCAAAAUCCAAGCUGUAUCCGACACUAUUCAAAUGUUAAUCUCUGUUAAUUAUUUAAAUGUCCACAAUAACACCUGGAUUUUUAUUGGAGCCUGAUUGCGUUUUCUUCUGGAACUGUCCAUGCGUAGGACGUAUAUUUUGUGAGUAAAAAUGUAAUUAAUCAGUCGAUAUUGUUAAAUCACUAUCCGCCUACGUUUAUUCUUAUGCUUGUUUUUCAGUUCUUGAGGUCUCGGAUUAAACCCGUUCGAUUUAAGCAACCAGUCACACUGAGAAAUCAGUCAUAAAUGUACGUUUGAUAAGAGUGGGUGAUGUUUUCCACCACUGGAUCACCUUUUUUUUUUUAAAAAAAAAAAAUCAUGUACCCUGCAGCUGUGCUUUACCGACCCCGCAUUGGGAACCACUAAUCUAGAUUACUGAUGUAGAUGAGGUACAGCCGUCGGGUUUCAAACCUGCAGUUGCUGAUCUGUGGUAAAAGCGUAUUGAAAAACAAAAACGCUGGUUUAUAGUUUCUGUGGUUUUUUUUUUUUUUUUUAACCCCGUCAUGUGUUUUGCUAUAUUACAGACCAUUUAUUGAAAAACUGCUCAAGGAAAGCAGUGCUGCAGAACACACGUAAAAAAAAAAACAACAACAACUGCACAGUCCUGUCAUUUGCUGUCAAAAUGUUGGUGGAUUAUGGCAAUGAGACUUCAUAUGAAAAUGAGACUUCAUAUGACUAUGAGAGUCCAUGUGACGUGGACGAUUCAGGAAACGCUUCUGUUAAGUAUUAUCUCCAGGUCUACGUGCACUCCCUUAUCUGCAUUGUAGGGUUCAUUGGCAAUGUCCUGGUGAUCCUUACAUAUGCUUUCUACAAGCGCACCAAGUCCAUGACUGAUGUUUACCUACUGAACGUGGCCAUAGCAGAUGUCCUGUUUGUCGUGGCCCUGCCUCUGAUCAUCUUUAGUGAGCAGAGUAACUGGGCUUUGGGUGAUUGGUCCUGCAAGCUGUUGCGUGGUGUCUACAGUAUCAACCUGUACAGCGGCAUCCUGCUGCUGGCUUGCAUCAGUUUAGACCGCUACUUGGCGAUUGUCCAAGCUCGCCGCUCUUUCCGAUUCCGCUCGAGCAUGCUGGUCUACAGCUACGUGAUCUGUGCAGUCGUCUGGCUUUCAGCCUUGCUCCUGACUUUGCCCACCUUCAUGUUCUACGAGCGCUACACACCCAGAGAAACAUUCAAUAUGUCAUUGUCUUAUGAAACAGUGACGAACUCUGGUUAUACACCAGUGACUAAGGAGACUAAGACUUUGACUACUGAAGUUCCAGACAGCUCGCAACAGGAGCAAUACGUGUGCUUCUUCCGCUUCAAGGACAACAACACCGCAAAGCGUAUGAAGGUGCUAGUGCCGAGUGCCCAGGUGGCUGUGGGGUUUUGCUUCCCGUUGCUGGUCAUGGGCUUCUGCUACUCCAGUGUGGUGUUCACACUCCUGCGUGCCAAGAACUUCCAAAGACACAAGGCUGUGCGUGUGGUCCUGACCGUGGUGCUGGUCUUCGUCAUCUGCCAUCUGCCCUACAAUGCAGCACUGUUCUACGACAUCAUUUACAUGUUCUCCGGUAGCGAUUGCGAGGACCAUAGUAUCACACAGCUGCUGCUGAUCCUCACUGAAAGCCUGGCCUACCUGCACUGCUGCCUCAACCCAUUGCUCUACGCCUUCAUCGGUGUCAAAUUUAGGAACCACUUCCGCAAGGUCAUGGAGGACCUCUGGUGCCUUGGGAAGAGUUACAUCGGGGCACGGCGCACGUCACGAGUCACCUCUGAGGCGUACUUAUCCUCCCGAAGGUCUGUAGACAGCUCAGGGUAUGAAAACGGCACCUCCUUCACCAUGUGAAAAACUGGAGAUCCCUGUCUAUCAGUUCAAGCUGAGGUAUAUUAAGACUAUCAGGUUUGUAGCUCUUUGCUGCACAGAAAAACAGUGCAAGCUCAUUGCUACAAUUAAAUCUUUUCUCUUUUUUUUUCCCUUUCUUUUAAAACUAAAUAAAUAAACGUUUAACCAUUGCAACGAGAAGAUAUUAGGUAGUCAUGUUUAGUAAUCCCUUUUUGUAUUGAUUACAUAAAGUGUUUUAAUAU